AUGUCGGCAAAGAUUGUUGAAUGGCUGCUCCUGACUUCUCCAUGGAUGUUGACCAGAGGAGACACUGAGGUGUCCUGUGUUUUCAUGGAGAGCUGCAUCUUACCGUGCAGCUUCCAGGGCGACACGGAUGUGAUCAUCCACUGGAUUCAGGUGACAGCAGGAAACCGUCAGGUCCACUCCUUCUACUACAAGAAAGACCAGUUCAGCCACCAGGACCAGCGCUUCAGAGGCAGGACGUCACUGUUCACGGACCAGAUCUCCAGAGAAAACGCCUCACUCCAGCUGACAGGGCUGCAGGUUCAGGACCAGGGGAGAUACAAGUGCUACACCAGCAGCAACAGAGGAAACAAUGAUUCCUACAUCAACCUGAAAGUGGAGGCUCCAGUUCGUAGAGUCGACAUCUGGCAGGUAGAAAACAGGAUCACCUGCAGCUCAGAGAGGAUCUACCCUCAACCUGAGCUCACCUGGUCCACCAGCCCUCCAUCCAAUGUGACUCACCAGGACAAAACAACCAGGACUGAGCAGCUGCUCUACAACAUCACUAGCUCUCUGACACUUUCAGACAAUGAUACUAAUCAGGUCUACAGCUGCAGCAUCAGCACU